AAUCCGCAUUAAACAAGACCACGCGCUUAUCCUUGGCAUUUAAAGACAAUGUUUCAAUAGAGAUGGCCAAACUUUCACGACGCGCUCCGUCGUCUGCAGCAACGCCAUCAACAGCAACAGCAACAGCAUCAACAACAACAACAACAACAACAACUAGCACGGCAACUCCUCCAGCAGCACGAGCAACUGCUAGUCAUGCUCGAGGCUCCGCUCAAGCAGAACCACUGCAACGCAUCACCCGUGCAUCUAACCCAAAGAGCCCCCAAGUGGCCACCCUCGUUGAUCCCGAUGCCAAUGGCAUUCUGCAUGAGCCGUCGUCUGCAUCACCGGCACCGCCGGCGUACCCCAAUCACAACAGCAACACUGCCGCCGCUGCCACUUCUCCCGCACCUGUAUAUGCACACGCACCCAAUUCCGUCACGGCCACGCCCUAUAUGCCACUGUUGCCGCCCGGCGAGCUCAAUCUGACCGAAGCGGAAACUGCAGCCGAACGUGCACGCAUCCGUGCAGAAUUCUUUGCGACGUAUGACGUGAUGACAGGUGUACGCAUCGCCGCCACGCUGGGCGGCUUCUUUGGCCUGAUGGUGUUCCUCAUCGUGUGGAAAAGCCGCAGCAGCAGCAACGAAACACUCAAGGUGCUCAAGGAUCCCAAAAUGGCGGCGGUGGCCGCUGUUUGCAUGCAGGAGGAGGAGGAGCGUGAAUUGCAGGAGGCCAUUGUAGCGACGGGCAUGUCCAUCUAUCCGGAUGAGUACGAUGCACUGGUCUAUCGACGUCAGCGCAUGCUCUCCCUGGGCAAUGUGAGCGCUCCGCCGCUACUCAAUCGCGGCUAUCGCUGCGCAUCUGUAGGUGGCGUUGGCGUGCCUGGGCCGGUGGGAUAUAAUUAUUUAUUGGAGCCGCCACGCCGUUUUUCCUACUCGGCCAUGUCCGCUGGAGGUGGAGGUGCUCCCCAUGGCUCGCACGGGAGACGAAAAAGCGGUUCCGAGUCCUCGCGCAUCUUCAGCAAUUAUCCCAUGGGCGGCAGCUUUGGCACUGACGAUUACUUUAUAGAAACGGAGGACGAACUGGAAAACGAUGAGUAUAUGCAGCGUGGUGCGCAGGACGAACCGGAGCAGCUGCACCAGCGCACAGAUUCCACACGCAGCAAACAGGGGUUUCUGUCCGUGCCGAUGGCGGGCCACGACUCGCGUCGCAGUAGCGCGAUGACCUGCUGCAGCACGGAUAGCUCCUACCUGGAACGUCGCACUUCCGCCUAUACGCUGGGCAUGAGCAAUCUGCCACCGACGCUGCAGCGUAAGUUGUCGACGGCAUCGCGCACAUCGAGCAUUGAGAACUGGGACUAUUAUUAUCCGGACAUACAGGUGAUACAGCCGACGCCAAAGGCCUCGCCGUGUCCAUCCGAGCGUAGCGUACAUGAGCCCACGGUGAAGAGCUCGACAGUUGGCCUAGGCGCGCCCAAUAUUAAGCGCAAGCACAGCAUCGUUUCGUAUGAUCCGGAGAGCGCACAGGCCGGACGCAAGCAGCAGAUACACUCAAUCAGCGCGGACACCGUGGAUGUGUAUCCCUACAAUCAAAGCGCACUCACGGAAGCCAUCGAUUUGGGACUGCCUCUGGCCAAGCCACUGCAAUCAGCACCGCCCACCAGCCAUCACCAGCAGGCCUUUCAUUUCUGCGACUCGCCGUCGGAGGAGCUGCGUCUGGGCGUACGUCGCAAACUGACGCUGGUCGAGCUGCAGCGGAAUGUGGAGAGCAACAACAACAGCUAUCCCUACACAGCGAAUGCAGCUGUGCCGGCCCCGGCAACGGCCACCUCCAGCAGCAUCAGCGUGGACAGCACACCCGUUAGCUUGGACCGGUUGAAUGGCACCGCCAGCGGCAGCGCCAGCCUGGGCACCAUUUCGGCCAAGGUGCUGCAAAACGCGCAGGUGACCGAUGGCAAGAGGGCGCCGCUUGCUUCAUUAAGUUCCUUUAAGAUCUCCUCGCUGGAAUGCCCAGACUCGGAGCUGCGCUCAUUGGACGAGGACUCCGUGUUCGGGCUGGAGGAGAGCGCCGCCGACACAGACGACGACAUGCAGCAGCUGAGCAGCGACAGUGAGGAGCAGAAUCUGGCACUGGCCGCUGGGCAGACGGCCCAACCGCUCAAUCCCCUUCCACAGCCGGCCGUGGUGCUGCCCAUCAAGCGAUUAAGUCUGAGCGGUAUGCCCGCGAUGGGUGGCGCACGGCCAAGGCGUCCACUUUUACAGCGUCAUCGCACCAUUGGCGCUUCCUAUAGCGAUCGUGGUGCUCUGGGUGUGCACGUGCAGCCUGUGCCGCCGCCGCUUGAAACGCAUUUCGGGCCUGUGGUCUGCAGUCCGCCGCAGCGACGGGCGCAGCUGCUGCAGCAGCACAGCGAUCCGCAGACGACAACGACAACAACAACGACAACCACCACAACAACCGAGGAGGACACAUGCUCCACGCUCAACACCGAGCUGGGCAUGCUGGAAGUUGGGGCUGCAGCGGGCACGAGUCCCUCUAGCGGAGCUGGUGGUGGUGAAUCGGCGACCCAAACGCAGUACAGCAGUCUCAAUACAGUCAUCAGUGUGGGUCACUCCAGUCCAAGUCCACAGAUGGACAAUAAUUACGUGUGUUCCACAAAUGCUGCCGCUGGCCAGGCUCAGGCGCAAGCGCAGGCAGCGGGAGCAGCAACAGUUCCACAGCAUCUAGCACAACUGCCAUCCAACAGUAGACUGGGCCACGAUCCGUGCGCCUCUUCCAUAUCGGACUCAGUGAUAGCCACCAGGCCGCAAACCAUAUGCAUGCCCGCCUCCUUGAAGGAGCUCAUCCUGCGCGGCGGAGGCGCCAGCAAAAGUGCCCACAAUUUGAAUCAGCACAGCAGCGAGACGACAGCGACGCCAGCUGUUAUGCUAGAGCUGCCACUCAUCAGGCUGCCGAACGACGAGGACGAGGAUGACGACGACGAUGACAAUGAUGUCGAGGACUUGGAGCACAAUGAUGGGCUGAGUGUGGAGGAGCGGGACCCCAGCCUGCCCGGCACAACGAGAAAAUGGUCAAAGGAGACGCUGUUCUAGCCCAGUUUGUGGCCGCUGCUGCAAUGCAUGCAGUUCCCAACAAGAGCUUAACAACUGACUUUUAGGGUAGUCAGCCCGCUAGCUAGCAGGGCUGCCACCCCUUCAAUUUGCUAGCCAAGCGGACUACGUAACGUAUUUUGUUUGCAUAGAAAAAAGAAAAAAGAGAGCUAUAGCAAAAUGAAAUUCAAAAUUAGAGAAAAUUAAAGAAUAAAAAUAAAAAAUUAAGAAUUAAAAGCAAAAGAGCAACAACGUAUUCGUACUUAGAGACUGUUGUCUAUUAUUGUUAAUAGAACUCUAAAAGUUAAGUAGUGAUACUCGGAUUUAUUUUUCACACUAUCUAUAACAAGAUCCAUCUAUAUAUAGCGAACGUUUAUACAUAUACACGUAUAUAUAUACUAUUUCUAUAUAGUACUCGUAGUUUGCCAGCAGCCAGUAUUCCUCACUUUAUUUCUAAAAUGGAAACCAAAAUCAUUAUUCUACUAGUGUCUUAAACAGCAGCCAGCAAAAAUACAAUUACAAAGGAAUCAUAAUAAUAUUAAUAAAUACUUGAAGUAUUGUAAAUUAGAAUUUUAUAUAGAUCGUGCACAGAGAAGAACUUUGCAAACUUUAAAAACAAACUGAUGUACACUGACAGAAACAAGCCUAAACAAUAUAUAUAUAUAUUCAUAUAUAUAGAAUAAAUAUAGAUGAGAACUUAAAGACCUCGGUAAGCGUUAGUCGAACUAUAGCUGUUGCCUACUUUUCAAAUGUGUUUUGUUUGUAUCUACGACGCUGACUCUCCUAGCAUUUCCCCAAACUUUUUCUGGUGACUAAUUCGAAAACAAAUUGUUGAAACAAAACUUAAUAUUAUCAAAAAGAAAAACAAAAAUUAGUUGUUGUCAAAAGCGAAUAUAAGCAAAAAGAAAAUAUAGUGUUACUUAAACAUACAAAAUAUGUUUAACUAGUAUGAACAAUUUCCUAACUCAUCCCACCUACGCAUCUCUAUUUUUCUAUGAAAAUGCAUUUGCUCCACAAGUGAGAACAAGUUAUAGCAAAAUAAUUUGUAUUUUUCAAAGCUAACGGAAAAAUACAAAGUUGAAAUCAAAAUACAGAAAUAAUUAUAAACAAUAUAUAUACAUAUACAUAUAUGUAUACAUACAUGUGUAGUAAUGAGAUAUAUACUAGAGCUGCAUUUGGGUGGAGGUAUUCAACGAAAAAAACCUAUUUAGAGACUUUCUCACAUGCCUGAGCCUAAUUUGUACCUAUAUCCUAUUGCAUAAGUGUGUAAAUCAAGCCCUAUCUAAAGCAGAUAUUUUUGAAUACUAAUAAGUAUUUUGUACGAACUCAAACAGGCGCCUAGGAAAUGGAAAUAUAUCAAAAAAGUAAAUCAACCAUAUAUAUGUAUAUAAAUAUAUAUAUAUAUUGACUUACAUAUACAUAUUUAAUUGUUGGUUAUAUGCUGAAGUACGGAAUAAAUUAACAAAAAAAAAAAAAAACAAGUCAAUGAAAAUUCAAGAAACGAUCGUAGCGUUAAAUUUGUUUCAAAUAAGCAAAUUAAAAUAUAUAUUAAUACUUAGCUAAAAGAAAAUGUAAGGAAAAUUAAUAAGCAUAACUAUGAUGAAUAAGUAAAAGAAAAUAAUAAUAAUAAUAUAUAACUAAAGAGUAGCAGAACCAAUUGUUAAAUUAAGCUUAUUAAAACAUAAGAUCCAAAAAAUAUAAAAACAAAAACCGAGCUGUUGUAUUAAAUGAACAAUAAUAAAUGGGUAAAUCCAAAAAAUGUAUUGGAAAAUGGUUCAGCAAAUUUAUAAAAAAACAAAAAAUAAGAAAACUCUAGAAAAUACAAUUUACAAUUUACAAAUUUUAUUUGUAGUUUUCUAUAUCUCUGAAACAGCUUUCUUUGCUUUUAUACUUUUGUACUAAUACAAAUUUCUUAUAAGUAUUCCAAACUUCUGAUUUCCAUGAAUCGUGUACCUUUAGCUACGUUUCAAUUACAAUUGGUAAAAAACAAAAAUAAAUAAUAAAAGGUGACUUAAGGCAUGACAAAAAGCAAUCGAAAAAUUAUACUAUUAAAUACAGUUAUGAAGCCAAAGAGCUAUUUAAACAAAACUUAGUUAAAUGUUAUAAAUAUAAAACAAAAGAAAACAGAAAAUUGAUGUAAAUGUUAGCGAUAUUAUUGAGAAAUGUGACAAAAACAAAAAA